GAAGCACAUGAAAACAACAAAGGAUGGGCUAACAUCUUCUAAGCAUCCUCUUUGACCGUCUUCUCUGAGCAUCCUCUGACUAAUCCACAGUAAAGCAUGAAGAUUCCUACCAUAAUUUCCAGCUUUCUUUAAACAGGAAACAUAACUUGCACACUGCCAAAAAUACUACUUGGUCACCCCUAGAAAGUGCUGCAAAGGAGAGAGAUUCAUGAUGUUGCGAGCCCUAAGGCAAUUUUGCUGCUAAAAGAAGAGAAAGCCAAGAAAUGUACUGCCCUUCACUCCAUUUUAAAAAUACCAUAGAAUGAGUCAAGUUGUGCUGCUUCUGAAGAUGCCAUCAACAGAAAGAAGUGAAGGGGACUGAGAUGAAGGUUAUUGGCAUCUCUGCUUAGCAUCGCAAAAGCUUCUUGCUCUAUUUUUAUUUUCUUGAGUCUAUAAUAAUUUUUUUCUUUUCCUGAGCUGGGUUUUUUAUUUCACCUCAGAAUCUCAUCUCAUCACCUCUUCCUCUCCCUCCAUGAAGAUGGCUGGAGACAACCACACACAGGUGACAGAGUUCAUUUUCUUGGGGUUCACAGAUAAUCCUUACCUAGAAAUUGUCCUCUUUGUGGUGUUCCUGACCAUUUAUCUGGCAAAUGUGAUAGGAAAUGUAGGCAUGAUUCUCGUGAUUCUGCUUGAUGAACAGCUCCACAGCCCCAUGUAUUUUUUCCUUUGCCACCUUUCUUUGGUGGACCUUGGUUAUUCAACAGCCAUUGCCCCACGUAUGCUGGCUGACUUCUUGCGACAACAUAAAGUCAUCUCCUUCUCCAGCUGUGCAACACAAUUUGCCUUUUUUGUGGGCUUUGUGGAUGCUGAGUGUUAUGUCUUGGCAGCCAUGGCUUAUGACCGCUAUGUGGCCAUUUGUCGUCCUCUCCAUUAUAGCACAAUCAUGUCAAAACAAGUCUGUUUGGUGUUGGUGGUUGGUUCCUACAUAAUAGGUCUUAUAAGCUUGGCAUCCCACACUAGUCUGACUUUCAGCUUAGAUUACUGUGGUUCCAAUGUCAUCAAUCAUUUCUUCUGUGAGAUUCCUCCACUCCUGGCAUUGUCUUGCUCUGACACUUAUGUCAGUGAGAUCCUCCUCUUCAGCCUUUGUGGAUUCAUCGAAUUUAGCACCAUCCUCAUCAUCCUCAUUUCUUACAUCUUCAUCUUUGCUGCCAUCUUGAGAAUCCGCUCAGCUGAAGGCAGGCUCAAAGCCUUCUCUACCUGUGCUUCUCACCUCACUGGGGUCACCCUCUUUUAUGGGACAGUGAUGUUUAUGUAUCUGCGGCCACCAUCCAGCUACUCAUUAGAUCAGGAUAAGUGGGCCUCUGUGUUCUACACUGUUGUCAUCCCUAUGCUGAAUCCCUUGAUUUAUAGCCUAAGAAACAGAGAUGUGAAGGAAGCAUUUAGAAGAGUUAUCAGCAAGAAAGUUUUAUCCCAUAAAUAACUAUCUCUCAGUUAUAACAUGCUAAAUUAAAAAUGUCAUGGUGCUUGUUGCAUGUAAGGUUCCAUAUUAGGAAUCUACAGUUUUAUAGUUGAAAAGCAAAUGAUAGGGAGGUUUUCACCAUGAUAAUCAAGAUUUUGAUGUAAGAAAAUUUGGCUUCAUACUGUGGUUUCUAAGAAUAAUAUUAGACUUAAAACAAUAAACCUAUAUCCUGUCAUUUUUGCUGGUAAAUAUGUUUAUUUCACUCCAGUCAAAACAACAAACUCCAAAUAAGAAUUAAUAGCAACUGAUUUCCAAAUGCUUUACCUUUGAAAAACAACAAAUUUAUUCUACUUUCAUUUUAAUGUUAAAUGGGGAGGGGGGCGUAUGAAAACAAUUGUUUCAAGGCUAGUAAAUAGUGAUUUACAUUGUCACUUGGCACCCAAGUACAAUAUUAAGGAAAAGUUAGUUAUGCUUACCUCCCACUGAAAUUAAUAUAUAGUUAAUUACAAUUAUAUACAGCAGGGGUCCCCAACCCCUGGUCCGUGGACCGGUACCACAACCGGUCCACACAAAGAAGCAAAGCCUUAUCCAUGGCUUAACUUUGCCAUGGCUUCAACUAAACCACAGCUGAGUAUGAAACAGAUCAGAUCAGCUUUCCAACCCUGCUUAUACUGCGGAGACACAAGCCUACAUCUGCUUUCAAACUAGGGCAGUACUCUUACUGAUAACAGAACAUCAUCAGCCCUUGACAACAAGAUGUUGAUAGUAAGGAAAUAGAAGUUACUAAUCAAUGGUUGAUCUAGGUUCAACUCCAGGCAUAUCCUAUCUCAUAAAAUGUGUUAUCCUGGUGUUCAGUUGACUCUCAGAAUGAAGGAAGAUCAUGUAUUGAGGUUAAUCUUCAUGUUCUAUUUGCUGUGGCAUGAGGACACCCCACUAGCCAUUUUUACAGGACAUGUCAUUACAAGCUGUUCUGCAUCUCAUUGUACAGUAACACAUGUUUUAGAUUUUAAAGCUUUUGCACCUACAUACUUUUUCUGAACAGAAAGUCCAGAUUGGAUCCAUUCAAUUUUUAAAAUCCAUUUAGAAAUUUGGCUCAGAUUCACACAUCUCUAAUUACU